GCAGCCCCCGGCCCUGGCUGAACUGACUGCACUGUAUGUGGGGAGGACUUGCAGCCUGUGGAGGGAAGCAGCAGCAAUGCUGUGGUUGGAAGAGUCUGUGAAAGAGGUGCUGCACCGAGUUGAUGCCAAAGACCCUCUGGUGGAGGACUGUCAAAACAAGAGAAAGCAAAGGUACCAGAGUGCACCAAGGAAUAUACAUCGCCACGUCCUCCUCUCCGAGAUCAAAGAAGCCACAUCAAGUCUGCCUCUAGAUGUGACCAGUCAGCCUGUGAUGGGCUUUGACCCUCUGCCUCCACUGGACUCUGUGAUAUCAUACACCCGACCAGAGAGGCAGCGUGUCGGUGCAUCCAAUGAGAGUACAUUGUCGCUGUUUUUCCGGUCUUUGCUGCCAAACUUCAACCUUCAGGGUGGACAGAGGCAGGAGGAUGACAUGGAAGUGGCUCGAGCCGGUCAGGAGCUGAACCAGGAGGUGAAUCGUCUAAUGGUGGCAAUGAGGGACAUGCUGGCAAACAUCAGGUUUCAAGAGCCACCGAGAGAGGACAACCCCUACAGAGAUGAGGAUGAAUGGGACUGAGUGAGGAGGGAGACAGAGAUGGAAUUUUAAGCGUGAGGAUGAGGAGGAACCAAGUAGACGACGAACCUUUAAAAACUUAAUGACAAGAAAAUCGAUAAAUUGAAUGGUGUUUAGUAUAAUUAAUAGGAGUUGGUGUGGGAUAACUGAAUAGUAUUUUAUUAUUGUCACAAUUUCAGAAUACUAAAGUGAGAGGAAGAGAUGACUUGGUCUUACGAGCCAGUCCGCUCCUCUGCUUUAGUGGCAUUUGAAUGAAGAAAAAACAGUACUCUUGGCCAAUCCACACAAUUGUUAACAUGGAGAAAUUUUUUCCAGAGUCAGAAAACAGAUUGGUUAGUUGAACUUGUCAUGUCACUAAAGUUGAUGGUGUUAUUUAUAAUUUAUAAUCAUUUUGGAAUCUAACAUCUCCAGUCAUGCGUUGAGCAGCAUUAGUACAUAAUGGCAGCUACUCUUCUUCCUCUAGUUUCUGGCUUUUGGAGUUUUUCCAUGUUCACAAACAGUGGACUGCUUCAUGAAACGAGAACAAAGUUGAAAAGGUUCUCUUGUUGAGUUGGCAGCACUGUAACACAGGUUGUGUUUUUUGUUUUUACCACAUAAUCUGAGAGAGAGUUUUUAUUCUCAUUGAAGACCAACAGAUCUUGUCACUUAAAACACAUUUCAAAGCAGUUCAAGGCAUUGAAGUCCAUGUUAACUUUUAGUGACGGAAAGCUAAUUAAUUGCGUUGAACACAACGGAACUGUUUAAUGGAAAUAUUUAAUGGUUAAAUUCUGAGCCAGAUAAGCAUUUUAAUCUGUUAAAUGUUAUUGAAGGUGGAAUAAAUAACCACAGCUGUUGUGGGAUUUUGUGUUGGGAAUAGCACAUAUUCAGAUGUUAAAUUAAAAAGAAAAAUCAAUAUAUAUGAAGCUCUUUUAUAAAUGAUAACUGUGUUUACCCACUCUUCAGACCUGUGCUUUCCUACCAAAAGAUUUGCUAAAUAUGGCAAGGGACUCCCAAAAAAAAAAUUUAACAUUAAUUAUUCUAGUUCUACAAACAGUGCCAAAUUGCAUCACAGUAUUUUAGAAAAGUUGCUGCAAAUUCAGUCACUUCCGAUGGGGAGAAAAAUAAUCACCAAAUUUUCAGAUAAUAUAUCUUAUCUCUAUUGUGACCUGUUGUGGAUGCAUUCAAGCAAUGCAAGGCUGGGUCUCCAGUUGACUUGGCUCAUUCUCUUUUAUGAUUCAUUCGCAUUUCAUUUUCCAUCAUCAUGAUUUCAUUUUAGUCUUGUCUCCUGCAGAUUUCAGCAUAUCCUAAAUCGAAACCAUCACAAUGCUGUGAAUCUGUUCUUCGGUCUAACCCAAACCAAAAUAUGUUGAUUAAAUGGUUAUUUUCUGACUUUUGUCACAUAAUCAUUUUAUUGGAAAACUGGUAUGAGAAUCGUUUUUUUUUUAUUCUUGUGUAACUCUUAUCACUAAAGCAGGAUGUCUGAUGUUUUCCCUUUUUCUUUUAUGCUCCUUCACUCCUGCUCUGUUUGGAACCCAUUCUCACAUUUAACUUUGAGUUGAUUGCCGUUAUUUGAUUAUUUGUGGCUUACUCCACCCAAUAAAACAGUACAGAGAAUUGGUCCGAA